GUAGUACUUUUGUUCUUGUUCAUCGUAUUUAUGUUUAUGUCGUCUCUCAAUCUCGUUUCUGGAGAAGACCCUAUUGAUAUUUACUGUCCCAGUGAAUUCCCAACGUACAACCUUAAUAGUUCAUUCCAUGACAACCUCAAGCUUGUUCUGGGGUUGCUUUCCUCCGACAACGCUUCAAAGGCUGGUUUCUAUAACACUUCCAUAGGAGAAGAGCCAAACAAAGUGUACGGACAGUCACUGUGCAGAGGGGACAUCGGCAACUCCACAGUUUGCAAAGAAUGCAUUGAGAAAGCAAGCCAAGAUAUAAUGAAUAGCUGCAGGAGUGAAAAUGCAAUGACAUGGUAUAACCUUUGCCAAGUACGCUACUCCUUUCAGAGCUUUGAUGUGAAGGCUUACACCGGAAAGUAUCCGAAGCAGAAUGAUGAGGAGAAGAAUGUUUCUGAUCCUAUUCGAUUUAGGGAAUACUUGACUUUUCUAAUGAAGAAUCUCUCGAACGAGGCUGCUUUCAAUCCUGUCAAAAACAUGUUUGCGGCAGGUGAAAUUGACUAUCCUGGGAAGAAGACAAUUUAUGGGUUGGUCCAAUGUACGAGGGACAUGUCCCUCGAAGACUGUAGCAGUUGUUUGAGUUCCGCCUUCACAGAAAUCACUACAUGCUGCUCCUACAGAGAAGGUGGGAUUAUUCUUAGUCGUACUUGCAAUAUGAGGUUCCAAAUGUCUCAGUUCUUCAAUGCUUCUUCUGCAUAUCUGUUGGUUUACCCAACUUCCUCAGAAGGGAAACGGAAGUCCUGGAUUCUUGUGCUGAUUAUAUGUGGGUCGAUUUUUGUAUUAGCACUUGUUGUUGGGUUGGGCAUUGCAUGCUUACGACGAAAGAAAAAGAGAGACAGAGGUAACUUCUACUAUGCAAUUUGUUAG